AUCGAAACGAGGAAACCAAAGGUACCAAACACCAGGCCCCGCCAACCAAACCCUAACCAACUUUAAGAACAGUCUGCAUUACUCUUCUCAAAUUUUCCCUCACUUUCCCACAUGAAAUGGGAUAUGGAGAUCGACGAAAUCGAAGCGGUGCUAGAGAAAAUUUGGGACAUUCACGACAAGCUAAGUGACGCAAUUCACUCGACCUCGCGGGCUCACUUUCUCAGCUCCAUCAAAUCAUUGACUAGGAAGUCGGAGAAGAAGCAGAAUAUGUACGACGACGUUGAGAACAAGAACCGGUCCGGUUUCGUUUACGUCAAGGACUUGCCGGUUGAGGAUGCGGAAUCUGCGAUUCAAGAGGCCAAGAGUCUUAACGCUAUACGGACUGCUCUCGAGAACCUCGAGGACCAGCUCGAGUUUUUCCAUACUGUACAAAUGCAGCAGCGUGCUGAGAGAGACGCUGCAAUUGCACGCUUGGAACAGAGUAGAAUAAUCCUUGCAUUGAGAUUGGCUGAACACCAUGGUAAGAAAUACAAAGUAAUUGAAGAAGCCAUAGCAUUUGUGGGCAGUGUACGCGAUACAGGUUGCUUUGCCACGCCUGAAAACCUGUAUGGUGGAUCUGUAAGUCCUGAUGAUAAUCUUCCAGUGAAGGGAGGGAAGAAUUCUAAUAUAGUGAUGAAAGUUCUCAUAUCAAGUCUCAGUUUUAUAAGAAAAUCCCUUAACUUGGAUAGCAUGGGUGGUAUAGUGGGGAAUGCUGCCUUGCUUGCAGUUAGCAUGGUUGCAGUUCUGAACCUGAAUCAGGCAACCUAUAGAAACAGAAAUCUAAGUAAAACCUCUCAGCACGAAGGGUCUUCAUCUAGUGGCACUUUGGGUCACUUAGAUGUGAUGAUGGCUAGGGGUUGAUGUGAUAGCGUGAAUUUUUUUGGCAGUUACAACAAUUUACAGAGGUUAUGUUGUUGUCUUCAUACCAGAAAAAGAAAAUUCCUUAGUGUGUCAUUGUUUCUACAAAAAUUUGGAGAUUUCGGUGAGUGUCAGGUUGCAAACUUCAAUCCUCCUUGUUGUAGAAAGGCUUGGAUUCUUGUGGUUGUAAAUGUGUUUGGUCGACUUCUCUGGUUGUAUUCAAAUUGUUGGUUCAUCCCCUUUUGCAUUUUCAAAUUGUGUAUAUCCCACUACGUUUUGUGUAUGUUGAUGCGCUACUUUUAUCACUUGUCAAGACUAGUUGAAUAGCGAUGUUCUUACGCUGUUACAUUGUUUGUAGCAUUGUUCUA